AAAGUUGAGGAUGCGAUAAUGGCACCAUUUUAUCAAGAAACUGUCGAAAAUGGUGUUUAUGUUAUGCCCCGACUAAAAAGCGACGAUAUUCGAGCUAUUCAAGCAAUCUACGGUAAAGAGGAAAGGAAGAAAAAUAAUUUUUAUCUCAAUCAUAUUUUUGUCAGUUUCUCUCAUUUUUAG